AUGGUUUGGUCUUGGCAAAUGCUGUCAGUUGUUGAUCAGCAAAAUACAUGCCAACUUCAUAAGUCUUCUGAUCAGCUUCGAGGACCUCUAACCCUUCAUCAUCGUUCCAGAAGAAAACCUUCUGGUAUUCAUAAAGAAGAUUACCUAAAUGGAGGUACUGCCCUUCACUUGGCUGCUUUGAAUGGCCAUACCAGGUGCAUUCGGCUCCUUCUAGUGGACUACAUACCUAGCGUCCCUAACUUUUGGAAUGCACUACAGACAAAUGAUCAUAAGUCAAUCUUAGAAUUUGAUCGAAGUGGCCUUUGCGAGGUAAUUAACAGAACAGCUGAUGGAGGCAUCACUGCUUUGCAUAUGGCAGCACUAAAUGGGCAUGUUGAAAGUGUACAGUUACUCUUGGAUUUGGGGGCUUCUGUGUCUGAGGUUACUGGGGAGGAUGGAACUACCACAGACUUAAUUGGUUCUGGAAGCACUCCACUCCACUAUGCUGCAUCUGGUGGAAAUGCACAAUGCUGUCAACUUUUGAUUGCCAAGGGUGCCAAUCUAACUGCUGAGAAUGCAAAUGGAUGGACCCCCUUGAUGGUUGCUCGUUCGUGGCAUAGAAACUGGCUUGAGGACAUCUUAAAAGAACCUCCAGCAGACCCCUUACAAGUUCUUCCAUCUCCAUAUAUAUCUCUUCCACUUAUGAGCAUUGUGAGAAUAGCUAGAGAAUGUGGAUGGAAGACGAAUGACUUAGCACCAACAUGCUUAGAUCCAUGCGCUGUUUGUUUGGAAAGGAAAUGCAUGGUCGCAGUGGAAGAUUCUUUGGUAUAG